AAAAAUUCCCGAAGCCGCGGAGUGCGCUUGGAAGCGCCGAAGACCAUAUUGGGGGCGUCUGGCUUCCAGAGGCGCCGAGCCCCGCCCCCGUCGCUCUUUGCGGCUCCCGGGGGAGCGCCCGGGCCUGCGGCGGCCUUCACACCCCCCGAGUCCGCGGCCCGGGCCGCUUGCGACCACUGACCCGCGGCCUGCAUCCCAGCCUUGGGCCAGGCCCCAGCCGGGCCAGCGGGCCCCAUCCGGCGCGUACCACCCGCCGCUCCACACUCCCGCGCUCCCCCGCAGCCGCGAGUGGUGCGGCCCGGCUCCGCCCCCUGACGCCACGAGGGCGGGGCGCCAGCCCGUCACGUGACGGGGAGUGACCUCGCCGCCCGGCGCCAUGGGGGCUUUGGACCCGGAAGUGGCGCCGUGGGCUCGCGGCGGGGCCGCGGGGAUGGCGGGAGCCGGAGCAGGAGCGGGAGCUCGCGGCGGAGCGGCGGCGGGGGUCGAGGCCCGGGCUCGCGAUCCGCCGCCCGCGCACCGCGUACAUCCGCGCCACCCUCGGCCUGCGGCGCAGCCCUCGGCCCGCAGGAUGGACGCCGCGUCCGGGGGCCUGGGCUCCGGGGACAACGCCCCGACCACCGAGGCUCUUUUCGUGGCGCUGGGAGCGGGCGUGACGGCGCUCAGCCACCCGCUUCUCUACGUGAAGCUGCUCAUCCAGGUGGGUCAUGAGCCGAUGCCUCCCACCAUUGGGACCAAUGUGCUGGGGAGGAAGGUCCUCUAUCUGCCAAGCUUCUUCACCUACGCCAAGUACAUCGUGCAAGUGGAUGGGAAGAUAGGGCUCUUCCGAGGCCUGAGCCCCCGGCUGAUGUCCAACGCCCUCUCCACCGUGACUCGGGGCAGCAUGAAGAAGGUUUUCCCUCCGGAUGAGAUUGAGCAGGUGUCCAACAAGGAUGACAUGAAGACUUCUCUGAAGAAAGUGGUGAAGGAGACCUCCUACGAGAUGAUGAUGCAGUGUGUGUCCCGCAUGCUGGCCCACCCCCUGCAUGUCAUCUCAAUGCGCUGCAUGGUCCAAUUUGUGGGACGGGAGGCCAAGUACAGUGGUGUGCUGAGCUCCAUUGGGAAGAUUUUCAAAGAGGAGGGGCUGCUGGGAUUCUUUGUCGGCUUAAUUCCUCACCUCCUGGGAGAUGUGGUUUUCUUGUGGGGCUGUAACCUGCUGGCCCACUUCAUCAAUGCCUACCUGGUGGAUGACAGCGUGAGUGACACCCCAGGGGGGCUGGGAAACGACCAGAAUCCAGGUUCCCAGUUCAGCCAGGCCCUGGCCAUCCGGAGCUACACCAAAUUUGUGAUGGGGAUCGCAGUGAGCAUGCUGACCUACCCCUUCCUGCUGGUCGGUGAUCUCAUGGCUGUGAACAACUGCGGGCUGCAGGCCGGGCUCCCCCCUUACUCCCCAGUGUUCAAAUCCUGGAUCCACUGCUGGAAGUACCUGAGUGUGCAGGGCCAGCUCUUCCGCGGCUCCAGCCUGCUUUUCCGCCGCGUGUCCUCAGGAUCAUGCUUUGCCCUGGAAUAACCUGAAUCACCUAAGAAAACACGCUGCCUCAGCCUGGGCACCGCGGGGGAGGCCUGAUCAUCUCGAGGCACCUGUAAGAUGACUCCAACCCAGCAACAUCUAGAUGUGCUCCAGCCCAGCUGGGCUUCGGUUUCCAUAUUUGCCGUGUGUCUGUCCAGAAGUGGGGGACGGGUGGGGGUGAGGCUGCACCCAGUGGAUUGGUCACCUGUUAGACCUGGGGAAGGUGGGGCGGGGCUCCGGGAUUGGGGCAGAGUCCCCUUACUUCACAGAUUUGCUGAGUCUGCCUUGUGCCCGGGGGCCAGAGAAUGACUUGUGGAGGCCUAGGUUGGAUGGGAAAAGGCUCGUGGGGUCAGAUCCCACCCCCCCCCCACCCCCACCCCCACCCCCGCUCACACCUGAGUCAGCCCAGCUCUCCUCCAGCAGCUCAGCUGGGAGCAUUGCUAUCCUGCUUGUAAAUAGGGCGUGAUCCCCUUUCACAAGGCCAGCAUCAUAUGCAGGCCUGUAUUAGGAAGCUAUUCCUCGGUUCUACCUUUGUUUUUCUCAACACUACUUUUCUGAUACGAAGGCAGCACCUUCUGAAUGGGAAAUCAUGCGACUGCUCAGAAUGUGUCCCCCUCAUCACGUGCUCAUUGGUUUAAUGGUGACGCCUCCUGUGCGGGAUCUGGUACCUGUGCAGUUGUGAGCACCCAGAAGUUAGGCAGAUCGGUGUCUCUAGUCCUACCCAGUUUAAAAGUUCGUGAUAAGAUUUGACCCUUUCUCCCUCAAAUAAAUGUAUUGGUGGUGAUUUGGA